AUGCGGGAGAUCCCGGAGGCUGGCGCGGGCGAGGGCUGCUGUAGCAGCGAGCGGCUGGUGAUCAACAUCUCCGGGCUGCGCUUCGAGACUCAACUGCGCACCCUGUCGCUGUUUCCCGACACGCUGCUGGGAGACCCUGGCCGCCGCGUCCGCUUCUUCGACCCCCUGAGGAACGAGUACUUCUUCGACCGCAACCGGCCCAGCUUCGACGCCAUCCUCUACUACUACCAGUCGGGGGGCCGGCUGCGGAGGCCGGUCAACGUGCCCCUGGACAUCUUCCUGGAGGAGAUCCGCUUCUACCAGCUGGGGGACGAGGCCCUGGCCGCCUUCCGGGAGGACGAGGGCUGCCUUCCCGAGGGCGGCGAGGACGAGAAGCCUCUGCCCUCCCAGCCCUUCCAGCGCCAGGUGUGGCUGCUCUUCGAGUACCCGGAGAGCUCGGGGCCCGCCAGGGGCAUCGCCAUCGUCUCGGUGUUGGUCAUCCUCAUCUCCAUCGUCAUCUUUUGCCUGGAGACUUUGCCCCAGUUCCGUGCAGAUGGUCGAGGUGGAAGCAAUGGUGGUGGCGUGAGCAGAGUCUCCUCAAUUUCCAGGGGGAGUCAGGAGGAAGAAGAGGAUGAAGACGAUGCCUAUACCUUUCAUCCUGGCAUCACCCCUGGGGGAGUGGGCCCCUCCUCACUAAGUACUCUGGGGGGCUCCUUCUUUACCGACCCCUUCUUCCUGGUGGAGACCCUGUGCAUCGUUUGGUUCACGUUUGAGCUCCUGGUGCGUUUCUCAGCCUGCCCCAGCAAGCCAGCCUUCUUCCGCAACAUCAUGAACAUCAUCGACUUGGUGGCCAUCUUCCCCUACUUCAUCACCUUGGGCACGGAGCUGGUGCAGCAACAGGAGCAGCAGUCAGCCAACGGAGGGGGUGGCCAGAACGGGCAGCAGGCCAUGUCCCUGGCCAUCCUCCGAGUGAUCCGUCUGGUGCGGGUGUUCCGCAUCUUCAAACUCUCCCGCCACUCCAAGGGGCUGCAGAUCCUGGGCAAGACCCUGCAGGCCUCCAUGCGGGAGCUGGGCCUGCUCAUCUUCUUCCUCUUCAUCGGAGUCAUCCUCUUCUCCAGCGCCGUCUACUUCGCAGAGGCUGAUGAUGAUGAUUCGCUCUUUCCCAGCAUCCCAGAUGCCUUCUGGUGGGCAGUGGUUACAAUGACCACUGUAGGUUAUGGGGACAUGUACCCCAUGACCGUUGGAGGCAAGAUCGUGGGCUCACUCUGUGCCAUCGCUGGGGUCCUCACCAUCGCCCUACCAGUGCCGGUCAUUGUCUCCAACUUCAACUACUUCUACCACCGGGAGACGGAGCAGGAGGAGCAAGGCCAGUACACCCACGUCACGUGUGGGCAGCCUGCACCGGACUUGAAGGUGGCCGACGGUGGACUUGGCAAGCCUGAAUUCUCUGAGGCCGCCCAGGAGCGGAGACCCAGCUACCUUCCCACUCCACAUCGGAUGUAUGCAGAGAAAAGGAUGCUCACUGAGGUUUGACUGAUGCAGGCAGGUUCUACACGAGAAGGGUGACACUGAGCAAAUAAUUUCUUAGGCUGCCUUCUCGUUUUCCAUGACUCUCACCUGAGCUCCGGUUGGCUCCCUGACUCAUUCCCUUACCCUAGUGCAUGGCAUCCAGGACCAAACACCUGGACUGUCAACCUUGUUACUUGGGCCCCUGCAGCAUUCAAGUUUUAGCCAUCUAAGUGAUAUUUUUGAAAUUCUAAUGGUGCCACCCAUUCAUGCCAUCUUCUGUUAUGUGGAUGAGAUUUCUGUCUGACUUUCCUUUAAGAUUCUGGUUUUUUCAUGUCUGAGACUUCUAACAGCUAUAGGUACAGAGAUGCCAAUAGGAUGGAAACCAGGUUAUUCCUGGCUCUCGUUUCUCGCCUCAGUGCCCUUUGCUUUGGGGCAUGCACCUGUCUUAACUUCUGGCCAGGCAGUAACUGGCAGAAGCUGGAGGACAGAGACAGGACUCAUCUUGCUGUUUUAUUCCAGGGCCCUGUAACACCUGCUGGUCAUCCUGCAGAAGACCCGUUAGAUGCACAGCCUCAAGUGGAAUUAGAGAAACUGCAAUUAAACUUGGCCAUUUGGAGGACGUUAGUGUGAGUCCCAGACCAAAGAGGCCGAUGUUUUCUCCCAGGUGUGUUCUGGCACAGUAGAUACCAGGCUUUGGUCUACAUUUAGUGCCCCCGACUCUGAGCCCCUGACUCUCUCUCACUUCCAGGAAGGUUCUUUCUCAGAGCCAAAUGCUCUGUGUGCACGUGCCUUCCUGUGCAGAGGGACUAGCAAAAGGCAACCACAGAGCCAGGAGAAAUGGCCGAAUAGAGUCAGGCAGCUGGCAUGUCCAUGUCAUCUGAAGAGAGGUGGCACUUAAACAGAUGUUGUCAUCUCAGAGGGGCAGUGGACUCUUGUUACAGAUGGCAAGUUUCUCUCCCCCGCUUACCCCAACCUCUCUAGCCCUCCACCCUUCUUCUGGAGAAUUUGAUUUAGAACAGUUGAAGGCUUUCUAAAACAAACUCCAGCUUAGACCUGCAGACAGGUAAAGCACACAUUGGAUGCUAGUGUGGGUGUCUUCCCGUCUUGUUGGGAAUGGAAUAGCUGGUUUAGAGUAAGGAGGAAGCUUUAUGUCUUAGCUGACAACCACACUACUAGAGGUUUUUGGCUGAGUCAAGCAAACACUCGCCUGCUCUGCCCCUCCGAGCUGCAGCCGACUUGCUCUAACCGGUAAGGUAACUUGGUGGUGUCACCACCACCUGGACUAAGCCAUCUCCUUCCAUCGUGAAAUCCCUGCCUUCCAUCACACUGCCCACUUCCCCUCACUCCCCUCCUGGUAACACUGUCAUUUGUUUGUUGCCUUGAUAAACUGUGAUGUACUGUUCUGAGCUCUUUUGGGUACAGUUCAGAAACCAAAAGGACUGUUAACAUAUUUUUAAUUUUAUAUCUAUGCUUUAAGACUCUUGGAUGAGAUUUUUUUUUCUAAAUUAUUUUCUUGAAGAGCAACUUAGGAGGGGUGGCCUUUUGAGGGUUUUCUUGAGAUACUACGGCUCUGUGAGUGCCAGAUCUCAGUCUGGAUUUUGCCACAGCUUUACAGGGUAACUGGCACCAUCCUCUUAAUGCCUCAGUUUCCCCACCCAUUACAUGGGAACAUUAAUGUCUUCCCCUCCCUACCUCAUGGGGAACGUUCAAUGAACUCAUCUGGGAAGCCGGGGGUGAUUCUAUGCAAAUGUGUGAAUUUUAGUAAUGGACUUGACUUUUAGUUCAUUACCCUGUCUCCCACCUCCCGUAGGCCAGGCCUCCCCCCAGAGUUUCUGCCUUGGAUCCAAAGCCCAAGAAUAGGCCAUUCUGGACCAUGAGCUCCUUAAAUCCCUUCUUAGCCUCUUGAGCUGGGCUGCAGUCUUUCUUCUUACCCUUCAUUGAAAGGAGGGUGCUCUUUAGGCAGGUUCACUGUGAUCCUUAGGACUGGAGGCCACUUUGAUUGGAGCUCAGCUUCUCCGAACCUGAAAUACAGUGGGAGAUAGAGGAGUUCAUGAUUCAGAAACCUACUCUGAGGCCAUGAAGUGCUACUUUUCCAAAUCUCUUCAGUUUCUCCUGGGUAUUUGCGGAAAGGAGAAGGGCCCAGCUGAGGGCAAAUGUUGGACCAUGCAGGCGUGUAUCUCCACAUGUGUGUAUGUGAUCACCUUCAUCACCAUUCCUGAUAAAUUUCUUCUCCAAGUCCAAGCAUGGCCGGAGGUAAAGGGUUUGUGGAGCACUGGGCUCUCCAGGGACUCUGGUUGCCGUAGCAACCUUCCAGACUGUUCUCUCUAUUUUCUGAUUUGGGCAGCAAGGGAGACCGGGAGACUACAUAUCCCCAGCUUCUGAAGUGGGAGCACCUCCCCCACACUGGGCCAGGGACUGGGAGCGCCAGGACAGGGAUGUGUGACCUUUGAAAAAGCAGGUCCCUACAACUUCCGCCUGGACCUUUCUUCCCGGUUUCCCCGCCCAGACAUGGAAGCUGCCUCAUUUCACCUCUGAUUCUUCAAAGAAACUUGAAUCCUAAGUAACUGCCAGUUAAACCAAUGUCAAUACGAUCUGUUUCAAAUGACAAGGGGAGCGUUGCAGGGGACUUGAUCCUCAGGCAGCCACCUGGGCCUUGAGAAGUCCUAGUGGUUUCAGUCCAUCCUAGCACCAGGAAGUCUCCAUCUCCUAGGAGAGAGGCUCCUCCCAGCUCUGAGCGAUGGAGGGAAGCAAUAUUCCUUCCCCACCAGGGAACAGUCUAGCUCCUGGGAGGAACUUCAUAGGUGGCUCUUCUUAAGAUGUCGAAGAAAAACCGAGAGGCUGUGACCUGCCCUAGUUUCUGUGGAGGAUUUUGCCAAGUGAUCCCUCUCUGACUGGGCCUCUGUGUGGAUUUGUGCUCUGAGCACCAAGAGAACAGCACCCCAUGUUGCUGUGACAGCUGGGCUGCGCUCUCACAGCUGCCGGCACAGGCCAGGACUCGGCCCGCAGAAGCUCCUGGAGGCUGUCCUGGACCUGCUAGGCUCCACAGAGACGCAGGCUAGUCCUCCCGCCUGACCACCCCAGGAUGUGAGGAAGGUGCAGCUGGCCGUCUGUGCAUCUGAGGGAAAAGGCUGGCACAGUGGUCCAAGCAAGGACUCCUACACGUAGGUCUGACAGCGGCUGGACAGAGGGCCUGGACCCUUGACUUCUUCAGAAGACGGGGUCCCUCCUUAGGUGAUCUGGCCUGACACCCCUCCAUGGCCUCUCACAGCAGUGACAGACUACGAAAAGCUGAGAUCGAGCCCGCCAGUGUUAAAGAUGGCCCAGAAUGUUGGAGUGAGGUUGUAUGGGGAAGUGAAAGCUGGUGGUGUGGGCAAGAGACCAGGUACGGGGAGGUCAGAGGUCAAGGGAUGCCAGAAAGUGCAUGCCACAGACCCGUCCAGGAAAAAAGUGGCCGUGGAAGGCUAACAAAUAAAUAUAUGGCAAAGUC